AUGACGAAACGCCGUGUCUGGGUUCUCUGUCCUGAAUCAGAGGAAGAGUAUCGACUCUGGUUUGAAGGUGUUGAAGGAGCGAUUGUGUCGUGUGGUUCAGGCAAUAUCAUUGAACGAAAGCUUCCUAAUGUACGGAAGUAUUAUAUGAAAGGCAUCACCACGUACCGCAUUCUGUAUUUUCUCUUUCUGAUCCUAAGUGUCGUCGAGAUCUUUGGCUUGGUCUUUUGGUUUGUUGUGGGGACGCAGCCUUGCGAUUCGAGCAAUCGGACACUGGCUUGUGAAGAAGUGUAUAACAAUACACCCGAUGACCUCAACUGCCUUGCUGAUCCUAUGAGCGGUUGGUUUACACCACCUGACUGGUAUCUGCUGCUGGCUGGUGUGGAUGACGUAGCCUGCUUCCACAACCCGCCUCUCGCACAAUGGGUGGCGUUUUUUGCCCUUAUUGUUGCUGAACUGGUGUCCAUUGUGCUUGGCGAGACUGGUGUGUGUCGUAAAUGCAACACAAAUAACAACAAUGGCGAAUCAAACAUGUCAAUUUUGCACACAUACUCGGACGAUGUGCGCGAUAAUGCUGUUGGCUUUGUACAGACCCCGCAAUAUUUCCGUGACUGUGUGCAGCUGCAAAUUGGUGAUCCGCUUGGCCACCGUAACGCUGCAUUUUACGAUGCAAUCCAGACGGGCCAGGAUGGAUACGAUUGUGCAUCUUUUGCUGGCACCAAUGCUUUGGUUCGUCGUGAAGCGUUAGAUUCGAUCGGCGGUAUCCAGUACGGCACAUUGACAGAGGAUUGCUAUACUGGCGAGCGUCUUGUGUCGAUGGGCUGGAAAGCGCUGUAUUUUCGAAAGGAUUUUGAAGGGGAAGCUCAUGAGCGUGUUCGUUUGGCGGAAGGAGCCAUUCCUGACUCAGUGGCUGGCGCCAUGGCACAACGCAAGCGUUGGGCUAAGGGCAACUUUCAGACGCUUUUGAUGAAAAAGAACAAGAACGUAGCUGAUCCGGAGUGGAAACGUCCGCACGUGGAUAUUCCGAAGUAUCGCAAGCCGAAUAACUUCAUGCGUCGUGUGUUUUACUUGAACUCGACAUUGUACCCGAUUGACUCGAUCUCGGUGAUUCUACUGUACUACGUCACUUUGUACUUCCUGUAUACGGGCUACGCUCCGAUUUUCGUGAACGGUUUGCGCGUACUUGUGGCCCUAGUGCCUAAACUCAUUGUGCAAGGUUUGCUGUCGGCUUUGAGCACGCGCGGUGUUGAAAACAACGAUGUUGUGCGAUCGCAAGAGACAAGAUUUGUAUACGCGUUCACCAAUUUUACCGCAAUGCUUGGCGCCAUCGUGUGGAAGUUUACAGGUCGCAAGUCGAAGUGGCUCAAUAAGCGUGAUGCUAGGCGCGGAUCGCUGGCCGAACUGCCAAAUGUGCUGGUGUUUUCCGGUGCUGUUUUUGGUAUUAUCUGGGCCAUGGUGCGCUUUAUGGUGACAUACUACAACCGCGUGUUCUCGCACGGCGACUCCAUGCUGUGCGCUGCUGUUCUCAUGGGUUUUUAUAUCGCAUACAACUUGGGUCCCAGCGCCUCAUGUUCAUUGCACUAUGGGUUCAAGUGGAGAAGCCCGUUUCUGGCUAGAAUACACUAUGGUAAUGAAAAUGCUUGUGUGCGUCAAGGGGUUGCUGGGAACAUGGCUCAGCAGACAAUGCCUCUUUUUGAUCAAUUCUCCGAGUUCAUCGGGCAGCCUGCGCGCGUGCAGCUACAGGAUGGUACAUUCACAGACGGCGUGGUAUAUUGUAUCGACCCUGAAACAGACCACGUAGCACUUCUUUGUCCCUCAGACGAUAAAGUGCUAGGCAAUACCGUCAAAAUUGUGUUGGCUCACAACGUUCGAGGAAUCGAAAAGUUGGUGGAAGAAAGCACUGAUCUUCCCACACUUGCUGCACUUAAGAGUGCGCUUGCAAAGGACCUUGAGCACCAGAAUGGAAAAGAUAUUGCUACCAUUGAGCAGCGUCGGGAACAGCUAAGCCAGUUCUUAACAAAGAGCUUUGUUUCAUACGAAAUAAUGGCAGAUGGUAGCAUUUGCGUCUUUGGAGGCGCUGCAACAAUACGCAAGCCAUUUCGUACUGUCGAGUGCUCUAAUGAGCAACUUUUACGACGAAUGGAGCAGCUGCUGGACCAAUUCAACCAGGACCAGGCCGACGCUUCAAUGUUUUCAGUGUAA